AUGGCAUCAAAAGUAGAAGCAGGGAAGCUAGAGUGGAGGAUAAGUGUUGACAAUGAGACAACAAAGAGACUAGUUCCUAAGUCAGGACCUAGUGAACGGAUCUUUAUUUGGCUAAAGGGGUUGAUAACGAAGACUUGGAGGAUUGGGGCAGAUGAUCCGGCCAAAGUGGUUCACUGUCUGAAAGUAGGACUUGCACUUUCAUUAGUCUGUAUCUUCUAUUACAUGAGACCUUUGUAUGAUGGAGUUGGAGGAAAUGCUAUGUGGGCUAUCAUGACCGUUGUUGUCGUCUUUGAGUCCAAUGUUGGAGCAACAUUCUCCAAAUGUGUGAACAGAGUGGUGGCAACUAUAUUAGCUGGAUCACUAGGCAUUGCUGUUCAUUGGGUUGCAACUCAAUCAGGAGAAGCUGAGAUUUUUGUGAUUGGAUCCUCUGUUUUUCUCUUUGCUUUUGCAGCUACUUACUCGCGGUUUGUGCCGUCAUUCAAAUCCAGAUUCGACUAUGGAGCAAUGAUCUUUAUCCUCACGUUUAGCCUUGUCUCAGUAGGGGGUUACCGAGUAGAUAAGCUGGUUGAUAUGGCUCAGCAAAGAGUGUCAACCAUUGCAGUUGGAACAUCUAUAUGCAUUAUCAUUACUAUCUUCAUAUGUCCCAUCUGGGCAGGAACUCAGCUUCACCGUCUUGUUCAACAUAAUUUUAUAAAGCUUGCCGACUCGUUAGACGGCUGUGUGGCAGAGUACUUCAAGAAGAGAGACGUCUCGACGAAUGAGAAUGAAUAUGAAACUAACACGAAGGUUCAAGGAUUCAAAUGUGUACUAAACCCUAAGGGAACAGAGGAAGCAAUGGUAACUUCACAUAUUGUUUUUUGGUGAUAAUGUAAAGCGAAUCUAGCCAGAUGGGAACCUGCACAUGGAAGCUUUAACUUCAGGCAUCCAUGGCAACAAUACGUAAAGAUAGGGGCUGCUAUGCGGAGAUGUGCUUAUUGCCUUGAGAAUCUUAGUAUCUGCAUGAACUAUGAAACGGAGGUACCAGAUCAGGUCAAGAAGCAUUUUAGAGAAGCCUGUAUGAAACUCAGCGCAGCUUCUUCAAAAAUCAUGAGAGAAUUAGCGGAUAUCUUGAAGAACACUAGAAGAUCUUCAAAGAUGGAUUUUCUAGUGUUUGAUAUGAACUCAGCAGUACAAGAGCUUCAAGAGACCUUAAAAACUAUUCCAAUCCAAACCAACAAACCUGAAGAAGAAGAAGAAGUUCCAUCUGCUGAGGACAGAACCAUACCGAUGACCCUACAUGAAGUCCUUCCAGUUGCCACUUUGGUUUCCUUGUUAAUCGAAAACGCAGCUAGGAUUCAAACAACUGUGGAAGCAGUGGAUGUACUCGCAAGUCUUGCAGAUUUCAAACAAGAUUCAAAAAAGAAAACUGGGGACAACAACACUAACCAACCACCACUAAGUUCUUAA